AUGGCCGCGAACACCCGAUACGCGCCUGCCCCCCAGCGGGACUCCUUUGAGGACCAGCAAUACACUCAAGCGCCGCCGUCUUACCAGGCUACAGCUGAGCCAGCUGAGCCUCGCACUGAGGAUGAUAAUCUUCCCGAUGACUUCAAGUUUGGCGGUACCGUAGCUGAGGGAACUAUCGACAUCAGGAUGCAGUUUGUGCGCAAGGUUUACUCGAUCCUUACCGCUCAGAUUCUCCUCACAACCAUCCUUAGCUCCAUCUCCUUCUUCAACGACUCUUACCGCACAUGGAUCCAAUCCAAUUUCUGGCUGAUGAUCAUCUCCAUCUUCGGCGCUCUCGGAUUUAUGCUCGCAACUUAUUGGAAGCGCAAGUCUUACCCCUCCAACUUGCUCUUCCUCUCCGCCUUCACAGUCACGGAAGCCUACUCCAUCAGCGUGGUGACAUCCUUCUACGACGCGCGCGUUGUCGUACAAGCCCUUGUCCUGACUCUGGGUAUCUUCCUUGCUUUGACCCUCUUCGCAUGCCAGACGAAGUAUGACUUCACGCACUGGAUGCCGUACCUAUUCGGCGCAUUGUGGUUCAUGAUCCUUUUCGGAUUCGUCGCAAUGUUCCUCCCAUUUAGCAGUGCCACCGAGACCGUUUACGGUGUGAUCGGAGCAUUGAUCUUUUCGGGAUACAUCCUCGUGGAUACGCAACUGGUAAUGCGUCAUUACCAUGUUGAGGAGGAGAUCGCCGCGUCGAUUUCACUCUAUCUGGACGUGUUGAACUUGUUCUUGUCUAUUCUGCGUAUCCUGAAUGGACAACACAACAACUAG